CACUGCACAACUUCCAGGUUGACGACGGGAUGAUGCUAAACUUGAAGUCUUUCUCAUCUAGGUCAGUUUGGAGGGAUAUUAAAUAAGGACUUCUGUGCAGCCCUUCCACCUUGGCACCCCUGUGCCUGGUAAUUCACCACAUCCUUACACACCAGGUCUCACGAACGGUCGGUAAGAGCUAGCUUGGCUGGACCUACCUAAAUAAGGUGCCCUUUGGAAUCGCGCGCCGCGUAUUCACCUCGCACCACCCCAGGCACCAAGGUAACCUGCGCCCGCCUUCCCUUACUGAAGGCAACCUUCUUCCCAGGAUGUGGCCUCCCAACGACCAUUCGCCACCUAUUGAACAUCCUUCUUUCCUUUCUCACCAAGCUGGCGCCUUGCCUGACUACGACGACCCGAACCUGCAUGAGGCCUCACUGCCAGCACAUUUCCCCUUCAACUCGUCAUCGUCGUUCCCCUUUGGCCAAGCCCACGACUUUGGAGGACCUGUCCCGAAUUCCUAUGGAGGGCUUCCAUCUCUAGCUCACCAAACAUCAUCUGGUUCCGAUAUGAGGAUAUCCAGCCCGUCUUCCGAAGCCCAGACUCCAGGGUCAAAGCUUCACAUUGAUGCUCGGGCUGCUGAGCUCAAGGAGCGACUGCUCAGAAAUAGAAGCCAGAAGAGCAGCCGGGACGGCUCACUGACACCUGCAGUGGAGAAGAUGCAGUCGGCCGCCGGUCGUGACAAGAAACCUCUAACGGGCUCUACUCUUCAGACAUCCACUAUUCCCCCGUUUGUUCCUCAUCCCAUGCCAAAACAGCCUCCUGAGACUUCGGUCCCUGCAGAUGCAAAUGAUAUUGCCGCCUUGAUAUCGUCUAUUUCCUCGGCCUCGCACGACGAGAAGAAUGAAAGCCUUCAGGCAGCUAAACCGGCUGUGUCUAGUGGCAACGCUAUGCAUCAACCUCAGGGUUCUCGGCCCCCAACAAAGGAGAUCACCAAGGUCACCUCUGGAAGUUCGGCCCGUCCACCUGCUCGGGGUUCUACGUCUGACCAGGCGACCUCGCCCCCCGAGGAGGGUGAGAUAACGAACUGCCCCAAACAGAACAGUGGUAAAAUAGAUGCUCCUGAACGGCUUCCUCGGAAGAACAGUUUUGCAUUACCUCAGGCCUCUGCCGCAACAACCAAGCGAUAUACUACGUCUGUACCUGCCAAUAAGCAACCCCAAACCACGCGCCCUCUUGAAGGGCAAACCCUAGCAUCUCCUUCCGCAUCAGCAUCUGCAUCCACAUCACGCAGCCAUAAUACGGAAGCAAAAACAGAGCCUAAUCGCCGUGAGCCUCGAGAGCUUGUGCCGUCGAGUACCUACUAUCGAACGCCCGUUGCAGGUGACGCGCGGAAGUCUGACAAUGAUCGAACCAUCAGACCACCUGAACAGCAUCACCAAGAGAACAAGCAUGGCACGAAUGAAUCCGCGGGUCCGGGGCUUGAUUUGGGCCUGCAGCUUGCAUCGCUUCUCAAGCGUGAUCAUGAUCUCCGAGACUGGCUCACCCUUACCCAAUAUUUUGAGACAGAGAGUCGAACGAGAAAGCUGACCCGUUAUCGCAAGCUAGCCGAAAUGGAUGCUGAACAGAAGAGAAUGCAGGCUGAGCAACAACGGAUGGAUGCCGAGCGGCAGAAAUUGCUGGCGGAAGAGGAGAGCGAGCGGGGCAUGGUGUGGCAGACAAGCACACCGACCCCUCUGUUCCCAGCUUUGGCUGCCUCUGGCCAAAACGACAGCAGUGCUGCCGCACCAAGUAGAGCCGUCAAUUCUCUCGUGUCACCCAUGCCUCCGAGCCUUAUAAAGGCCUCAGUUGAGCCUCGGCUCUCCCUUCCACUAAAGCGGGACUCUGACAUCCCUGGCAAUGAGGUGGCCCCUCGCCCUGCCAAGAUUCCGAGGCUCGAGGAUCGUGGUCCUGGAGCUGAAGACAACGACUCGAAGCAGAAAGAGAGGAAUAGCGACUCUGGACGCGACAAUCCUCGUUUAUCUGGCCACGGCCCGGACGCCCCGGACGCCCCGGCAUUCAAGCGUCACGAGUCCCGACCGCCACCCUCGAGUCGUGGCCCAUCCCCACGACGGUAUCCUGCCCGAAAUUCUCCCCCGGGUGGCUAUGGUGACGACUACCGUCGAAGGUCGCCAUCCCCUCGUCGGCCGCCCGGCCCCCCAGUAUACCGUUCUCGCUCAGACUAUUUUGAGUAUAACAACUAUCGAGGCGACAGCGGUAGGGGAGGGCGCCAGCAAAGCCUGUCGCCAAUAGGACGGCGAGGAUACAGUCCUCCCCGAGGCCCAAAGCACAUUAAUCUGGGUCACAGAGGCGAGACGCGUUUCUUCAUGGUCAAAUCCUUCAAUGAGGAUAACGUGAGAAGAUGUAUGGAAGAAGGAAUAUGGACGACGCAGACCCAGAACGGCGAGGCCCUGACCAGUGCGUUCGCGACUUGCAAGAAUGUCAUACUCUUCUUUUCCAUCAACAAAUCUCGUGCAUUCCAAGGAUACGCGCGAAUGGCAACGACCCCAUCUCCAGACACUCCCCGACCCAAGUGGGUGAACGGAAUUCAUUGGGAAACAACGCACCCAUUCCGGAUUGAAUGGCUAAGCACCACUGAAGUCGAGUUCUACCGCAUCGGACAUCUUAAGAACAGUCUUAAUGAAAACCAGGCCGUCCUCGUCGGUAAAGACGGCCAAGAAAUCGAGGACGAAUGCGGCCGUCAAUUACUCAUGGAGAUGGAGAGCGUCGCGCAGAUGAAAUAUGACAUGCGCAAAGUCCACCCGAGCCCUAGGAAGGAGUUCCGCGGCAGAGGCGGGUACCAUUUCCGUGGUGGUCGGGGCGCAAAGAGAUAUAUCAAGCAAGAAGAUGAUCGGUAAUGGCAGGGUCGGGCAAGGAUGGGGUUCUCAAAGUCCGCAUCUGUACGUGGUGCCGCCGUCACAGUUUCGCGAAUAGGACCAAGCAGCCAAAAAGAGGGACUGAGGGGCACAAUUCCUACAACUUGACGCCCCUUACAUGUGCGGAUCGUUGCCACGCACAUAGAUGAACUGGCCGUAGUAGACGGUCGGUCAUUGUGCUAUGGCUGAACAUAUGCGGAACGAACCCUCUCCAUGCCAAUUGCAAUGAUGGACAGAGACUUAUGGAGAAGCUCGUCACGGUGCUGC